AUGCCUUUGGGACUGAGAAAAAAGAAGAGCAAGUCCCGGGAGAGCUCCAACUUGGUGGAGAACGAGGAGGUGGGGAGCUCAGCGGCCAAGCCGGCGGCGAAUGGAGCCGGGCUGCCCCCGCCGCCCGCCAGCCUGCGGCCCCGGCUGGUCUUCCACACGCAGCUGGCACACGGCAGCCCCACCGGGCGCAUCGAGGGCUUCAGUAACGUCCGGGAGCUCUACGGCAAGAUCGCGGAGGCCUUCAACCUGAGCGCGCCCGAGAUCCUCUUCUGCACUCUCAACACUCACAAGAUUGACAUGGAGAAGCUCCUCGGCGGUCAGAUCGGUCUGGAGGACUUCAUCUUUGCGCACAUCAAGGGGAUCAAGAAGGAGGUGGAGGUGUUGAAGGCCGAGGAUGCGCUGGGGCUCACCAUCACAGACAACGGGGCCGGAUAUGCUUUCAUAAAGCGUAUCAAGGAGGGCAGCGUGGCCGACGGCGUGAAGGUCAUUUGCGUGGGCGAUCACAUAGAGUCUAUCAACGGGAAGAACAUCGUGGGCACUCGGCACUAUGAGGUGGCACGCAUGUUGAAGGAACUUCCGAAGAGCCAGACCUUCAAACUCAAGCUGGUGGAGCCCAUGAAGGCCUUCGAAAUGUUGGAGCCGCGGUCCAGGGGCAGCAAAGCGGCCGGUGAGAGCCGGCUGGGGACAGGCAGGGGGACCCUGCGGCUCCGGGCCAAGGGCCCUGCCACCGUAGAGGAAGUGCCGACAGAGUUUGAGGAGAAGGCCAUCAAGAAGGUGGAUGAUCUUCUGGAGAGUUACAUGGGGAUCCGGGACACGGAGCUGGCUUCGACGAUGGUGGAGGUGGGCCGGGACAAGCACAAUCCAGACGAGUUCGCCAUGGCGCUGGACCAGGCCCUGGGCGACUUCGCCUUUCCGGACGAGUUCGUCUUCGACGUCUGGGGAGCCAUCGGGGACGCCAAGCAGGGACGUUUCUGAUGCUGCUGCUGUGUGGCCCCCCCCUCCUUUUUUGUACGAAGUGUCUGAUUUUUUUUAUAGUGUUAGUGCUGUGGGCCUGAUCCUGGAAGCCUGUGCUCAGCCAUGGGCACGCCGCAGCCUCGGGGUCCCGCCGCCCGUGUUCACUCCGAUCCUCACUGCCGAUUCCAAGCCAGCAGCCGUCUGUGAAUCGCCAUGCCGCCGGAGACCCGGCAGGACGAUGCAGGUGCAGAUCCUAGCGGCAGUCGCUGCCUCGCUCCCUCGCUUUCACAGCCUUCUAGCAGUUUUUUUGCGCUCAGUCCUUUGUUGGACCCGGUGAGGAGGCGGGGGGGGUGGGGGGUCAGCUCCCAUUUUCUGUUGAUUAUUUUUUUUUUUUUUUUUACUCUCCUUUAUUGAUGUCACUCGACUCGCCUCUGCCGUCUCUUCUGCUGUUAGACCAGUGACCGUGGGGGGGCUGAGGGGUGAGAGAGGUCUGUAAAUCGAAUCAGCACAAAUUCUUCUCCAAACUGCAACAGAGGAUCUUCUCCGCUUUUCUUAAAAAUUCUUGUGCCUUGGGACACCGUGCAGCACUUGUCAGCCCAUGGCGCGGUGAGGGCCGUGUGCCGCUCCCCCCCCGCUCCGACCGCUCCCCCCACUCCCUCCGCUUCGGCCAUUAGCUCCGCGUCAUUAGCCUGGGAAACCGGUGGUGAUUUACUGUCUCAGCUUGCAUUCCACAUGCUGCCCGAUGCAUUUUGUACAGGUUGCUUAUGUAGAUUUAUCACUAUAGACAGAUCUUUUAUUUUUUUCUUAAUUUAUUUAAUGAAAAUGUUUAAAAUGCAAAAUAUUUUACAAUGUCCAACUUUUAGAAUAAAGUAAAUCUGAAUCAAAA